AUGCCUGACUUCGGCCAUAAGAUCCUCAACAAGCUUGGUUUUCACGACCACCACGAUCAGCCACAGCAGCAGCAACAGCAACAGCAGCCCCCUCAGCAGCAAUACUACCCUCCGCAACAGCAAUACCCUGUCCACAAUGACGAGCGACUCCUCUCGUCACACCCGAGCGGCACAUACCCGCGCCUCACGCGGCUCUCAGACGGGAGCCUCCUGUCGAGCUUCACGCGGUUCUCUGGCGACGGCGAGCGCACGCUGGUGGUAGCACACAGCCGAGACGGGCACCGGUUCGAGGACAUCGGCGAAGUGACACGGGGAAGGGGAGACACAGACAACCUGUUCCUGCUGGAGGCGGCGCCGAACGUGGUGCUCGGGGCGUUCCGGAACCACGACCACGGGCCGGACGGGCGGCCGACGCACUUCCGGAUCACAGUGUGCCGGUCGCAGGACGGCGGGCGCACCUGGCAGUUUGCGUCGCAGGCGGCGGAGAAGAGCGGCGCGGAUGGGCUGGGCGUGUGGGAGCCGUUCAUGCGGAUGGGCCGUGACGGCCGCGAGGUGCAGCUGACCUACUCGCAGGAGCUGGCGCACAACAACCAGUGCACGAUGCUGGUGCGCUCGACUGACCACGGCAGCACCUGGUCCGCCCCCGUAUGUCUGCACGGCAGCGACGAUUGCCGUCGUGACGGCAUGAACGGCAUCGCCCCGACUUUCGACCAGGCCCGUGGCCGCGACGCCCUCGUCAUGGUCUUCGAGACUAACACCAAGGGCCCCAUGCAGCUUGAGGGUCUCAUCUCCUACGAUGACGGCCAAACCUGGGGUGACCGCCAUGUCGUCUAUGCGCCGCGCGAUGGCCAUCGCCAUAAUGCCGGUGCGCCGCAGAUCGCUUCGUUUGCGGACGGGACGCUGGCCGUUGUGUUCAUGACGGACGAGGACCAUGAGGAGGUGCAAUGGACCAAGAACGCCUGUAUCAAGGCCGUGUUCGGUCGCCCGCCGCAGAAUGGCCACAUCGACUGGGACCACUCCUCCACAUUGAUCUGUGGGGAGUCGAGUCACUGGCCGGGCGUUUUUGGCUUGGAUGGUCACACGGUUAUGGCGACGUAUGAGUGUGGCGGACCCAAGGCGCGGGCAAUCUCUCUGCACUGA